AUGGAUGACAUUCCUCCAUCUCUCCUCCUCGAGAUCUUGAGCCGCCUCCACGACUCAGCCGACGUCGCCCGCUGCCGUGUCUCCUCCAGAACCCUUAACUCCAUCGCGCCGGAGCUCCGAUCUGUUCACCUCCACUGCUCUUACGGCCGCUAUUCCGCCUCCCGAUCUCCUCUCACUCGGUCCUCCGUCACCCCAUUCAAGGACGUUUUCAAUAAGUUGAUUUCGGAAUUGCAGAUCGUGGAAACUGUUUCGAUCGGCGUCGACAAGACGCUGCGGGAAGUGGCGUACGACGACCUCGAGGACGAAGAUGAUGAUUUGUUCUUGAGCGACGUCAAUUUCGUGGGGACGUGGCUUCCCAGGGUUCGCGGAGACCUGAAGUCAAUUGCGAUUUCUAAUUUCUGGUUGCAGUCUUGCUGGAGGAGAUCUGAUGUAUUGCCUUUUGGAUUCAAGUUUCAAUGCAAUAGUGAGAAUGGGCUUUUGUAUGCAACCGUUCUCAUUUAUCCAGGAAUUUAUGAUGAUUCACAGAAAGUGGCAAACUUUGAGUUCUAUAGCCGUGAGCUUUUGGAGUUGGACAUCAAGAACGCAUGGCUAUCAGUUGAUGGCCUGACGACCAUGCCGAAACUCACAACCUUGACUCUCGAAUUCAUAAGAUUAGAUGAUGAGAACUUGGAGAAGCUCAACGAAUGCUUCCCCUGUUUGCAAAAUCUCAACUUGAUUGGCGUUGGAGGACUUAAAGAUCCCCAAAUUAAUCUCAUGCACCUCAGAACCUGUAAGUGGAUAUUGUCUAAUGCUCCAACUACUGUAUCCAUAGUUGCAUCCUGCCUUGUCAAGCUCACCCUUAGCUGCGUGAAACCUAAACUACUCCUAAUCGACUCUCCAUCAUUAUCUGACCUGAGUCUUUCGUUCGAGGGAGCUUGCAAUUUGAAAGUGAAGGAGUUUUCUCAAUUGAAUAAACUUCAUCUUGAGUCCGCAUGUCUGCGUAAUGUGCUCGCGUUACUUCCUUUUGGCCGAGCUGUCAAGAAUCUAACUGCUGUCUCAACUAAAUGGGAAGCACCAGUUGGUGUUUCCAAGUCUAUUCUCGAGUUGCUGUUUUGUACUUUCCCAAAUAUGACUUCUCUCACUUUGACUUCUCGUGUUUGGUCCGAGCUUGAAAUGUGCCCUGGCCUCGGGGGUUUGGAGAUGAGGGCUCGGGCUAAGGGAUUGAAGGAGAUUAAAGCGUAUUUAACUGUAAAUGAUAUAGAGGUUACCCUGUCCACCAUCUUCUCUCUAUUGGAUAAUUGUAGUGGUCUUUCUAACAUGACAUUGUUUGUCCACCGUGAUGUUGUCUCUAAUGUGACCAGUAGUCUUAUCUUGAGAUGUAUGGCACAUUGUGUUCGGGUGAGAUGGAAUUGGGGAAUGUGGAGAGAGGGUACAGAAGAUGUGUGGAUUUCGAAUGGCAUAUAGCAAAUGAGCUCUCAAGAUGAAUAUACUAUAUUAUUUUAUGAAUAGACUUGCCUGAAGAUAAGCAUGAAGUUGGUCAAAAACAGUAAUCCACCAAAGUAGUACUUUUUGCUAUGUUGAGUUCAGGAAUGUUUGGGAAUAUGAUGAAACACUGAACUGUCAACAGUUGGUAUGCAAGAAUGUAAGGGUAACUGUGAUAGAUUGUGUCGUACGGUACCUUAGUCAUUGGUUUGUUUGAACUCAUGUACUUCACUUUGGGGGAUAACUCUGCUAAAUGCUCCACUUGCCUCUUGCUCAAGUGUGGCAAUGAUACCUGCCUUCUGUAUAUAUGUAAAUGAAGCACUGAACUUCUAGAGUUGGAGUUCUGAAAAUGAGAAAAUGUUGCCGACUUGUUGUUUGUAGCACAGUGUCUUCCCUUCUUACUAUUGCAGAUCGAAUGAAAUUUGAAAAACAAUGUGAAAAGUUGUACUAUUAUAUGCAAAUGUAAAUUUUGUGAAUGAACUUUCUGCACUUCCGUUUUCCUAUAUAUUUGUGCUCUUUCCUUUCUCAAACAAGGUGAUUGUUCAUUACGUAGUUUGAUUCUUUUGAUCAACUAUUCCUCUGUAGUACAUGGUCUUUGAAUGGAUUCUAAUUGUUUUUGUCACGUCUCCUGAAUAGAUUAAUUGUUAGUUGUGCCUAAAGUUAGGUGGGUUUCACAGCUAUGUGUGCAUGGGUUAAAUCAGUUGCGUUAGAUAGAUUGGACUGUGUUCAUUGUGUUAGUCAAAACUCAAAUUUGUGUACUUUUAAGGGUAAUGUAAGAGAUGAGGC